UCUCUCUCUCUCUCUCUCAUCGCAAUUCACAAGUUGGCCCUCUCAUCGGGCCUUCAAAGCCAUAACCUCUCCGUCUUCAUCGUCCGCUCUCUGCUCAAAAGCUCCGCUCCUCUCUCUUUCUUUCUCUCUCUGCGCCUCCUCUCCAGGAAUCUCCUCAGGGGGGCGUCGCAGAGAGAGACAUCCCAUCCAUUUUUCCUCGUUUCGUCUCUCUCUCGCACCUCCUCCUUCGUUCCUCUUCCUUUCCUUUGUAUCAGCACCAGAAGCUUUGUAGUUCUCCACCGGGAACGAAGAGAAAUGGCGGUUUCUAGGGUUUCAUUCGGUGUCAUGGCGGCCGUCGCCACCCUCCUCUUCGCCAUUGUGCUGCCCGCUGCCCAGGCUCAGUCCAUGGCUCCUGCCCCCGCCCCCACCAGCGACGGGACAUCGAUCGACCAAGGCAUUGCAUAUGUGCUGAUGUUGGUGGCGCUGGUCCUCACUUACCUCAUUCACACCGUCGAUGUAUCUUCCACCUUCUAAGAUGCAAUACCUGGUGUCGGGUUUUGAGUUUCAGGGGUAGGGACUUUGUGGUAGAUGGCAGAGGCUGAUUCAUCCAUUUAUAUCCUUGAUUUCCACCGUCUGUCAUGGUUUCUUCAACUGGGGAUUCUGAAUUUGUGACCAAAUUGUUGUAGCAGCUUCUUAUGUUCUUUCAUUC